GUCACGGAGUUGUGUUGUCAAAAUGGGACACGACAACCACCACCACCACUUAUCUUUGUGUUUUUGUGAUUUAAUGAGGCUGCUGUGGUCGCUGCUGGUGCCAUGCCUCUACCUGAGCCUGAUCCUGACCCUCGUCCUCCUGCUGCUCCUUUUGGGGGUCCGCAUGUGGCUGCAGGGGCGCCGCAAGGCCCGCCGGGCUCAGGAUGAUGGCCCGGCGGUGGCUUUCUUCCACCCCUACUGUAACGCGGGAGGAGGCGGGGAGCGGGUCCUCUGGUGCUCCCUGAGGGCCCUCAUGCACCGAUAUCCCGGCGUCUCCUUUGUGGUUUAUACGGGUGACCAGGGAGUGACCGGUGAGCAGAUUCUGGAGGGAGCCCGGCAGCGAUUCAACAUCACACUGCCUCGAUCAGUCACCUUUAUCUUCCUGCGUCACCGUGUACUCGUGGAGGCCAGCUCUUACCCUCACUUCACCCUGCUGGGUCAGAGCGCAGGCUCAAUGUUCCUCGGGUGGGAGGCACUGACGGCCUUCGUUCCUGACCUGUAUGUGGACUCGAUGGGCUACGCCUUCACCUUGCCGAUCUUCCGCUACCUGGGAGGCUGUAAAGUGGCAAGCUACGUUCACUAUCCCACUGUCAGCACCGACAUGCUGUCUGUGGUCAGAGAAAGGAACCCAAGAUUCAACAAUGCUGAUUUCAUCUCAAGAAACCCCAUCCUGAGUGCAUUGAAGGUGGUGUACUACUGCUGCUUUGCUCUGCUGUACGGCCUGGCCGGCUCCUGCAGCGACGUCAUUAUGGUGAACUCCACCUGGACGCUGGGACACAUCCUCGCUCUGUGGCGCUCUCCGAGCCGCACCAGCAUCGUCUACCCUCCAUGUGACAUCAGGGCCUUCCUAGAUGUCCCGCUGGAGGACGAGGAUGAGAUGGAGGGCUGGGAGGAGCUUGGAAGAGAAGAAGAGGACGGCGGCAGAGGGGACAGGAAGCGCCACUCCAUUGUGUCGGUGGGUCAGUUCAGGCCAGAGAAGGAUCACCAGCUCCAGAUCAGAGCAUUUCGCAAACUGCUAGACAGGAAAGGGGACGGCCCAGGGGGGAGAGAGUCUCUACGGCUGGUGCUGAUUGGCGGAUGCAGGAACCAGGAGGAUGAGGAGAGGGUGUUGAUGCUGCGGGGACUCUGUCAGGAGCUGGGCAUCGCUGACCAUGUUGAAUUCAAACUUAAUAUCCCCUUUGAGGAGCUGAAGAGAGAGCUGGUGGACGCCACCAUUGGUCUGCACACAAUGUGGAAUGAACACUUCGGCAUCGGUGUGGUGGAGUGUAUGGCCGCAGGCACCAUCGUUCUUGCCCACAAGUCUGGAGGUCCAAAGCUGGACAUCGUGGUGCCGUACGAAGGCAGGCAGACGGGCUUCCUGGCUGACAGUGAGGACAGCUAUGCGGCUGCCAUGGAAACCAUCCUGUUGUUGUCACCAGCCGCUCGACUGGAAAUGCGCCGUAAUGCCAGGGACUCUGUAGAACGAUUUUCCGACCAGGAGUUUGAGUCUUGUUUCCUGGCUGCCAUGGAGCCUCUGAUGGGUACUCUAGAGCGAUGAGUUAAAACAGAUGAGGUGCCGAGUCCACCAGGGACCAGAACGUUGUUGGUCUUUUAAAUAGUGCUACACACAUAUAUAGGAUUGAACAGUGAGGGUCAUGUGUAUGUUUAAAACUGCUUAAGCUUGAAGGUUUAAGUGUGAUGAGGUGGAUCAUUUUCAGCUUAAUAAUCUCACAAAGCAAGUCAACAUCAUCAAGACAAAUUCGGGGUGGACACCCAGAGAAAUAAUUGGGAUGAAUAAACAAAACCAACAAAGAGUGUAGGACUGUGCGUGUGUCAAACUUGUGUGAAAGUCUUCAGUGACAGCAGAGCUGGAAGCACGAUGACGGGGAAAAAAAUCAGGUGAAAAAUCACAUUCUGUUCACCUCCAAACUGAGUCAUGUGUUGAUAUGACUUUACAUAAAAAAUUACAAGACACCUUGAGGUUCAGGAAAUAUCCUCUUUAAUCUCAUAAUUAUAGCUAUUAUUUAUGUUCUCUGUCAUAUACGCUCCAGGAGCAAUUUAGGCAACCCUGGAUAUCCGGAGAUCACCUGGGUUUUGUUAGGAUGUGCAACAAUGGACACUCAUAAAAGGUAAAAAAAGACAACAAUGAGGCGAGAUCAUCGAAAGGUAAA